AUGAAGCUGCCGCGGCGCGCGUGGCGGCGGCGCGCGGCGCUGGGCCUGGGCGCGCUGGCGCUGGGCGGCGCAGCGCUGCUGUUCCUGGCGCGCUGCGGCCCCGAGGGCCCGGGGGCGGCGCCGGGCCGCGGCCCCGCACCUGCCGCCGCGCCCGCUCCCGCGCCCGCCGCCGCCGCCUUCCUGGCCGUGCUGGUGGCCAGCGCGCCCCGCGCCACCGAGCGCCGCAGCGCCGUGCGCAGCACGUGGCUGGCGGCGCGGCGCGGGGGCCCCGGCGACGUGUGGGCGCGCUUCGCCGUGGGCACGCGCGGGCUGGGCGCCGAGGAGCUGCAGGCGCUGGAGCGCGAGCAGGCGCGACACGGGGACCUGCUGCUGCUGCCGGCGCUGCACGACGCCUACGAGAACCUGGCCGCCAAGGUGCUGGCCAUGCUGGCCUGGCUGGACGAGCACGUGGCCUUCGAGUUCGUGCUCAAGGCGGACGACGACUCGUUCGCGCGGCUGGACGCGCUGUUGGCCGAGCUGCGCGCCCGCGACCCCGCGCGCCGCCGCCGCCUCUACUGGGGCUUCUUCUCGGGGCGCGGGCGCGUGAAGCCGGGGGGCCGCUGGCGCGAGGCCGACUGGCAGCUGUGCGACUACUACCUGCCCUACGCGCUGGGCGGCGGCUACGUGCUCUCGGCCGACCUGGUGCGCUACCUGCGCCUGAGCCGCGAGUACCUGCGCGCCUGGCGCAGCGAGGACGUGUCCCUGGGCGCGUGGCUGGCGCCCGUGGACGUGCAGCGCGAGCACGACCCGCGCUUCGACACCGAGUACCGGUCGCGCGGCUGCAACAACCAGUACCUGGUGACGCACAAGCAGAGCGCGGCCGACAUGCUGGACAAGCACCGCUCGCUGGCGCGCCACGGCCGCCUGUGCCGCCGCGAGGUGCAGCUGCGCCUGUCCUACGUGUACGACUGGUCGGCGCCGCCGUCGCAGUGCUGCCAGCGCCGGGAGGGCGUGCCUUAGGCGGAGGCCUCGCGCCGCGGCCCCCAGCCCCUGGACUGGCCCUGCGGGGUGGGCUUGGCUGCGCCCGGGAUCCCACUCCUGCGCCCGACGCUGCAUACUGCGCCCCGUGGCUCCUCGCGGCUGUGGACUCCGGGUCUGCGUUGCUGGUGAGCACGAGCCAGCGGUCCCUUUGGCUUGCUCGUGCGUGUGCAUGGCGCGGGUCCUGGUAUCUCCCAGAUCCCCUUCCACCUCGCCGCCAGGAUUCGGACGCGUGGGCGGGAGCGCGUGGUCUGCAGGGGAAUCGCGGCACCGGCUCCCGAGUCUGCAGCGGCGACUGCCGUAGCCCCUGCCCUGUGCACCCCGGGCCCAGGCUCCAUGAAGCGAAGACCCAGCCUGGGCCCGCUCCUCCGCCUGCAGCUGGCUGAGUGGGGUGGGGUCCCAGCGCUGGCCUGCCUCCUCGUGUCCAUUCGUUUGAAUGCUCCGGUUUGCGUUGCUUUUGUUUGAAGAAACAUCCAGAACCUGGACGACACCCUGGACCUGAAGGGCUCCCGCAGUCCCAGAGGAGGGCGGUGCCGGGUCUCCAAUUGGCCACCUUGGCAGCCAGCGCCACUGCCCUGCGCAGCCCUGCCCCUGGCCAGGGUCCCUGAGGUGACCGCGGUUGGGGGCAGCAGGGCCAGCAGGAUGGGCUCUGCCCACCCCCACCCCCCCGUGGUGGGGUUAAGCCCUGAGCUCGGGAUGGGUGGGGGAGGCUGAUGCUGGCCGAGGACCACAGGGCAAAAAGCGGGGCCGAGCCAGGGUCUGCACUGCCCGGUCUCUGCGUGGCUCCGGGGUCCAUCCCUCUGCGAAGUCCAUGAAUUUGCUGAUGGUUCCGGGGAAGAAUUCUGACUCCCAGUGCCAGAGGAAGCUCCGUGUGGCCGGGCCCAGCCGGGUGGCGUUUGCUCUGGGGUUCAGCUAACACAGGCCAAAGAGCCAGUGCUGCCCAGGGGAACGGACGCUGCACCACGGGCACAAGCACUGAGCAGGACAGCCCGGGGACUGAUGAAGCUGCCGUCUGCCGGGCCGGCUCCCUGCUGAUGCACCUGGGGAAGCGAUGGACGAUGGUCCAAGAACUUGGGCCCCUGCCACCCAUGUUGGAGACCCGGAGUUCCCGGCUCCUGGCCUCGGCCUGGCUGUUGUGGCCACUGUGGGAGCAAGCCGGCGUGUGCCAGAGCUCCCCCCGCCCCCGGCUCUUCCAAAUAAACGACUUGGGCUGUGGCUAACACGGCGUCAGCACUCACGGGAUGCGUGGGAGACGAGGCCUCACGCGGUGGCCACCUGCUCUCCCUGGCCCUGCAGGGUGGCCUCAUGGCCCCCUGGCCUCUGCUCCCACCCCUGUGCUGGACGCUGGACACCGCACACUCGCUCUACAGGCUGUCUGGCUGCAGUGCCGGCCACGGCCUCCCUGCUGCCAGCCCCUUCCCACCCCCGGGACUGGCCACAGCGCCUCUUCCUGGUCAGCCUUUCUGGCUCCCCCAUGCUGUCUGGAUUCCUGUCCCCAGAGGGCAGCAGGCCCCCAAACUUGUGGAGGAACUUAGGGUGCACAGCAACUUCCUAGGCUGAACAGUAUCUGCUGUUGGGAGAUGGGUCCGGGUAGGGGCCAGACCCAGCCCCGCCCUGCAGCAGUGCCCAGGGUCCCCGCUCCCCUAGCUGCUUGCCUCUGAUCCCAGGGGGUGACAGAUGGCCAGAACAAGGCUGCCGUCCUGGGGCAGCAGCACAAAGACCACCGUCCGGGCCUCCCAGGCCCCUACUCUGGCUGGGCCCGGCCUUCCCAGAAAGGCCCUCAGAAGCCCGUGUCCCGCGUCCUGCACAGGCUGGAGACAGGUUCUCCGGGGCCAGCAGGGCUGGCGACCUGCAGGGAGGGCUCCGCGGGACCCAGAGGUGGACUCACAGCUUAAAGGGUCUGUGAGGAGGGCGGGCUGUGACACAGCGGGCUGAGCCGCCUGCUUCAGCACCAGCAUCCCACCUGGGCGCCAGUGCCAGUCCUGGCUGCUCCACUUCCCAUCCAGCUCCCUGCUAACGCACCCGGGAAAGCAGCGGAGGACGGCCCAGGUGCUUGGGCCCCUGCAGCCACGUGGGAGACCUGGAAGAAGCUCCUGGCUUCAGAUCAGCCCAGCUCCAGCCAUUGUGACCAUUUGUGGACAGAUGGAAGAUCUGUCUUCCUCGCUCUGUAACUCUCAAAUAAAAUCUUUUUUUGAAAAA